UUCAGAGAAAGUUGAAGCUACAUUUGACGCUUACAUGACAAAAAAACAAAAUCUAUUUGUACCAAAGGUAUUCUACACGUGCUUCGCCGCCAUAUAUGCUACAACACCAGUUGGCCGAAGGGGCUGAUGGGAUCGAUAACCGUGAAGGCUCUGGGAACCAGUUUUCUUUCCAUACUGGUACUCAGUUUUCUCGCGGAUUUGUAUCACUAUGGUAACAGACGCUUGGUGAGGACAAAACAUCUCCCAUUCACUCCAUUUCAUUGAACUCUUCUCGUAAAGAUUGCAACAUGCCUCGCGAUCCUUACCCUUUUCCAAGACUUCAGAAUGACAGCGACUUCUGUGGACAACAAGGAAAACAGGUUUGUUUAACAGAACAAGAAGAUCUAUGAUUUAUUUCUUUGCAAUCACUCGCGAAGCCUUUUGGGCAAGGUCCAACAAAAUCAUUCUCGGAGUAUUGAAGAACCAUCAUAAAGCCUCCAUUAUACCAGUCAUUUCGACAACUUUGAGAGUGAUUAAUAAGCUUAUUCUGCAGUUUAAAUAACAGAUAACGAUGCCGUCACCCUUUUUCUAGUACGAUAAACUGAAUUAAUCUGUUGUAGUUUUGUUUACAAAGUUCCAGCUGUUUUUUGUUUUGCGCUCUUUUGAUCACUAAGCUCCAUUGUACGUCCACAGAGAAGCGGCAGAUCUUGUCCAGAUUUCCUCGAAUUUGCUCAAAAUCACGAUCAUUUGUAGCUAAUGAUUUUAAAUGAAAAAGUGACUGAAACGCUUUCUUUUGGCGACGAGAAGGCACGCUCGAGAGGCAAGAAUGUCGAAAAGAACGCGUGAUUCGAAAUGCAAACAUUAAUCCAUGCCUUUUUCUCACGCAUUAGACUGUUCUUUUAACCUCCCCGUCCAGGUUUGAUUGAUGUAUUCGACACUGUCAGUUUCUGGACUACAUUUUCUGUUUGAUUCUUUUUGAAACUGCAGGUGAAAGAAAGAGGAACACUAAACAACACUGGCACCAGUCAGGAGGGUUCUCCGUGGGACAGACUCAAUAAAACAGCUACACUCGCAAGUUCGAGAAGAGAAAUUUUCCAUCAUGAUCCACAGGUUGUUAUAUUACCGACAAAUAUAAUUUACUAGAUGGUGUCUUUAAUUUAUCAUUGGUGCCAAACAGCAAACCAUGGAUAGCUGUAAAAAUUCUUUAGAGCCUCUUUUAGUUAAAGUGUACGGUCACCUCCCGGUUGACGAAUGGACGCCUAGAGUUAGUCCCUGCCUUUGUUCUGUCAUGUUCUGUGGUUUUCUGUAAGGUGGACAUCUCUCUUGACUCAAUUUAGGUUUAUGGGAAACUGCCCACCUACCCCUCCCCUAAGCUAACAUUAACACUUACUUCUCACUUUAGGCAAAAUUAUGAUGGCUUAGGGGAGGGGUAGGUGGGCAGUUUCACAGAAACAUACUAUCUAUGUCUGUCUUUGAGAGAGAGAGUUCACAAAGUUCCCCAAUCUUACCCUGGAAAAAGGAGUCUUGAUAAACAACUGUUGCGAUUGUUUAACAACACGUUAAAAUCAACUGACAGGAUGUGGUUCUUUUCUGUUGCAGGCCCCCAAUGACAGCUUGGAUUUUGUCAUCAAGUCAACCUAUGACCAUCAUAAAGAGUUUCUUUCCUCAAAGGCCGAGACCUUAGUACAACAUGAAACUGUUGGUUUGCCACAUGGGUAGGUGUCCUUCACAAUAAUGUUGCAGUCGACCUCUAUGUGCAAGCACCUGUCAUAAGUAACCCGAAUUACACAAUACUGAACUUGGAAAGUGAAUGCAACAAAUUCUAUGUCAAAGAGGGGAUGGAUCAGGACCUCUUCUUGGAAGGGGUCCCGGGGGAGCAAUUUUUUGUAAGCGACCACCACUAGAUCUUCACUUUUUGGGUGGUCAUUAAUUAGACUUGCACCUCCAUAUCUUUGUCAGAAGUUUAAAACCAGAUCGGGAGUGCACAACUGCAACACUAGGAAUAGGGACCGCCUACAUAUACCACUCUGUAGGACAGCUGCAGGUCAGCGCGCGUUUACCUUCAGAGGCCAAAGGCUGUGGAAUAGUCUCCCAGACGAGUUUCAGUCUAUCACUAAUUUAGAUGUAUUUAAAGUUAAAAUAAAACAGCAUUUUUUAAGGGUAUUUUUGGAAAACUAAGUUUUAGAUAUUUAACAUUGUACAUUAAGCUGAAAAGCCUUUUCUUAUGCGUAGGCGAAUUUUAAAAAAUCGUCCACCACCAGAAGAACCAGAAAUUGACCUGUAUAAACUGCCACUGAUGAAGAGCACAAGUGUACAACGGCAGAGCAUACACAGCAUCAAUGGAGCAAUAGGUAAUGAACUGACUGGUUUAUCCACCUGCUAGGGAGAGAGAGGGUGGGGUGGAAGAGUCCCAUGCCAGGAAACAGUUCUUUUAAAAUUAGGUCAUCUGUUAAACUUGUGAACCUCACCAGUAAGGGAUCUAAGUUUGAAUAUACAAAUGUCAUGUUACUGAAUGUGCCCAACUGAACCUAACUAAUGAAUACCAUGCAUGUUUGGCAUGCAGAUAACCAGCAUUUGAAACAGCCUGAUUUAACAGUGUCAGCAGUAGAGGCUGUCACAUAAUCCAACAAUGUCACCACCGAUUUCUGCACAAAAUUACGUAUCAGGAAUGAGCAAAGAAAGUCUAUAUUACUGACAUGCAUGUCACUACCCAGAUCUGGGUAGUUGGAUAGUGAUGCAUCAUUUCUGUGCUCAUUUCCUCAUACAUCAUUUCACAGGACAUACGUCAUUUCACAGUUUUCUCAGACUACCAUAAAUAUUGCAGCAGUUGUUUCUAAUUACCGGUAGGCACACUUAUCACCCACUAAACUUAGUGUACACUGUUCCCAUGAUUGAAAUUGGCAUCCUUUUUAUCCAUGGUCUGACCUAAGUAUGCUUUGAAUAAAAUACCACUCCUAACUUGCACCAUAGCUGAACUUAACAAUUUAUCAAAUUAGCUUUAGCACAAGUCACAGAGAAAUUUGAAAUGGGCCUUAGUUAACCACUCCCAAAGAAUAUUAUUAUUAAAACAAGCUGAGCUUUCUACUAAAAAUAUAUUUUUUCUUAUCAACAGAGAGUCACCACAGUGCAGCAACAAAUGGUGGAUAUUCCAGGAAGCAUGAUGGAGGAUUUUAUACCUGCUAAGAGCAUUUUAGUAGACUAUGAUUGAGGAUUGUGGUGUUAUGAAAGAGAGAAUCAUACAAUAUUUUGUUAACUUGUUUGACAAGAUUUAUUCCUUUUUAUAGCCAAAAUAAGUACUAUAAUUUACUACUUGCAUAUUUUUGCAUAUUGCAUAAUUAUUCGAUAAUUUUUUCUGUUCUUAUAUCAUCUCUGUAAGAAUCCUGAUUGUAAUAUUACAUUCAAUUUUAUUUUACCUUUGAAGUACAGUGUCUAUGCUAAUGUUUAGUCGUGACUUAUAUGUUUCACAAAAUUUUCUUUUCCUAAUAGUUCUUAUAGAACAGAACACUUUGUAGUUUUUGUAAUAAAUAAUUAUUAACUCUUAAAAUCUUUGAUGCUGUAAAAUAUUAUUUUGAUGAAUAAAGUUGUCCUGAUU